GCCAUCAAGUGGCAGACCGAUGACCAAGAAACUCCUGAGUCCAGUCAGUCCCUUGUGAGUUGGCGCGUCCACUUCCGAGUUUUGCAGUCCAACCACCCAACCCUUCUCACAAUCUAACAAUCCAACACUUGAAAAACCAUUCUCCACAAAACAAAUAAAACAAAAUGAAGUUCGUUGCUGCCAUCGCCCUUUUCGCCACUUCUGCCACUGCUUUCAGCCCCUUUGGCGGAGCCGCCAAGAAGGCCCCUGCUGCUGUUGCACCCCCGGCUUUCACUGUUGAAACCAUCCCUGGAGCUCUGGAGCCCAUGGGUAUUUGGGACCCUCUUGGUUUUGCUGCUAAGGCUGAUGAGAAAACCCUUAAGCGAUACCGUGAGGCUGAGCUCACUCAUGGACGUGUUGCUAUGCUUGCCUCUAUUGGUUUCUUGGCCGGAGAAGCUGUUGAAGGGUCCUCCUUCUUGUGGGAUGCCAGUGUGACUGGUCCUGCCAUCUCACACUUGGCUCAGGUGCCCCCUCUCUUCUGGGCUCUCUUGGUCACUGGAAUUGGUGCUGCUGAACAAAAGCGUGCUGAAAUUGGCUGGGUUGAACCUUCCAAUGUCCCUGUUGACCAACCAGGCUUGUUGCGAGCUGAAUACACCCCUGGUGACAUCGGAUUUGAUCCCCUUGGCUUGAGGCCUGAGGAUCCUGAGGAACUUUUGGUCCUCCAAAACAAGGAACUCCAGAAUGGACGUUUGGCUAUGCUUGCUGCUGCCGGAUUCAUGGCCCAAGAGUUGGUUGAUGGAAAAGGAAUCAUUGAGCACCUGACCAACUAAGCAGCAAUACAAGCGGCAAUCAUUUGAUCAAUCUUGUGCCGGUGUGGCGUGGUCAACCCGCAAAACUCUGUACAUAAAGCAAAAUCCGGGAAGACAGUGAUCGCAGCCACUACAGUGUUGCGAACGUAAGAGGACGUACCACAUUAGAACAAAGCUAUAC